AUGUCGAUUUCGGUGGAGUUUGAUGAGGGCUUGGAAGUUGGUCUGAUAGUGGGUGCAGUCGUGGCUGUAGCGUGGUGCAGUGAUCGGCGAUGGAGUAGAAUUGGGCAAUGGGUUGAUUUGUCGAUGAGGGGCACUGGUUAUGGGCUGUGGAUGACGCAGCGGAGUGUUAAAGCAACGAUUGACAGGUACAAGAAGGCAUGCUCCAAUUCCUCCAAUACCGGGUCUGUUUCCGAAACAAAUGCUCAGUUCUAUCAGCAAGAAGCCUCGAAAUUGCGUGCACAAAUAGGGAAUUUGCAGAACUCAAACAGGAAUAUGCUGGGUGAGUCUCUUGGGUCUUUGAGUGUGAGGGACCUCAAGAACCUGGAGAGUCGUUUAGAGAGAGGCAUUAGCAAAAUCCGAUCCAAAAAAGUACUAAAUGAACUGCUGUUUGCUGAAGUUGAAUUUAUGCAGAAGAGGGAAGUAGACUUGCACAACAACAAUCAGUACCUCCGAGCCAAGAUAGCUGAGAAUGAGAGAGCCCAGCAGCAGAUGACCUUGAUGCCUGGAAAUUCAGACUAUGAACUCCUGCCACCACAACCAUUUGAGGCUCGAAACUACCUCCAAAUUAAUGGGCUGCAAUUGAACGAUCAUUACUCCCGACAAGACCACACAUCCCUUCAGUUGGUGUAA